GGGCAGAGUACUGUGUUAACAUAGUGGGAGACAUUGAACAAUGAAGACACCAGCGUUGUUCUUUCUCUGGCUUCUUGUCUGCACUGCCUUGACCGACGCUGCCUAUAAAAAAUGGAUUCCUAACACGAAUUUUGAGAAUGCUUCAAACUGGAAUGAAAGGAGAGUCCCCUGCUCUCAGGAUAAAGUGAUUUUCCCAAGUGGCCAGAGAGUUUCAAUCUAUGUACAAUCAGCCCACUCAUUGGCAGAGAUGAACUUGCCCUGGGAUGGAGAGUUAAUUUUGGCAUCUGGUGCUGGAUUUUCUUCUUCCUCUACAGAAGACCCGGAGUGUGAUCCAGGUUCAGAAAUCCAUUUCCGUGACCCGGAUCAAUACCAGUGGUUCGACCCUACGUUGUGGUAUUCAUCUCUUUCUGACAAUGGCAAAUCCCUAUUUUCGGUGGAUUCUGAACGAGUCCCGUGUCAGUACGAUGAUGUUAUCUUUUCCCCCGAAACAUCAUUCAAAGUCAACAACAUGGCAACAGAAGCAACAAUUAACCUGAAAAGCAUUUCUGUUCUUGGAAAGACAUUUACCACUGACGAGGAGUUUUCUGAUCACCUUCAGUCAAACACUGGAAAGCUGCAGUUCCCUGGAUCUCCCCAGAUGCACAUCACAAACACACCGUGUGGAGACCAGACCGGCUGUGAAUGUGGCAACUCUGCGGUGCUUCGAGAAAUCUGUUCCGCUCUUCAGCGUACGGAGGGGAAAUGUCCCGAUCUUCCAUGCCCACUGCCUCUGCUUCCAGCUGGACGUUGCUGUCAAAUAUGCGGAGCCAUAAUAAAUCUGGAGCACAUGUCUACAUUUAACUUUGAAAAUUAUCGCACUCAUCUUGUCCAGACCUACCUUAACCUGGAAAAAUAUUCCAGAGUUAAACUGGCAAUUUCCAAAGUGCAAAAUCAGCGGACUAGACUGAAGGCAAAUGAUGUAACUGCAGAAAUUCAGAUUAUGAUAACAGACAACUUGGAGGAGUCAGAGACAGGAAGUGAUGCAAUAGGUCUGGCCAAUGACAUCAUAAACGAAAUAAACAACAAUGGUAUUUCAUUCGGCAUUUCUAAAGCGACCGUAGUAACAUCUACCAGCAGUCAAUCCGCUCCAAACACAGGGGGGAUUAUCACGGGGAUUGUCAUCGGAGUUCUUGCCAUUUUCCUGUCUAUUCUAGGCGGUCUCUAUUACCUUCAUAGAAUAGGAAUUUUAAGAUUACCUUCUCAGAUAGUCUUAUUGAGGAGGAAUAACUUUGAAGUGCAAACUGACACACAGCCCAUAGGAUUCACCAACCCUAUAUUUGAAGGCAUUGCAGAGGACGCUCCGGAUGUCUCUGGUUUAUAUUCUGGAGAGGAAAUAUUAAAAGAGAUUACACUAGAUAAAAGCAGUUUUCAGUAUUCAAAUCCUCUAUAUGAAGCCUCCCAAUGUGACGACUGAGACCUCAUCAAUUAAUCGAUACAUUUGGAAGAUAUCAUACCUCUCUUUCCAUGUCCUGGUCGGGAUCUCCAAUGCUCCUGGAGGACAAUUCACCAGCACCUUAGGGUAAAAAAAUAAAAACAAAUCAUAAUUCACAUGUCAUUCUACAUCUCAUGCAUGCUCUAUAUUCUUACUGUGUGUACUCUGUGAUUUAAUCAAAAUAAAAUAUUUU